AUAGUUUUCAUUAUAACCUGUCUUUGCCAUUCUGGAUGGAAUUCUGUGCACAGAAGUUAUAUACAUAUAUGGGUAUAUCUAUGUAACAAAUCGCAGCACAGGAGCCCCCUGGGCUCCCUCCGGCUCUGGUAUGACAUAUUUGAGCCAUAUAAAUUCAGCUUCUCCUCUGGCAUCUGUUAGCCGGCUCACUUGCAACUCCACCUCAGCAGUGGUCUCAGUCCUCUCAAAGCAGGGAAAGAGCACUGUGUGCUGGGAGACUAUGGCAAAGAAUCCUCCCGAGAACUGUGAGGACUGUCACAUUCUAAAUGCAGAAGCUUUGAAAUCCAAGAAGAUAUGUAAAUCACUGAAGAUUUGUGGACUGGUAUUUGGUGUCCUGGCCUUAACUCUAAUUGUCCUGUUUUGGGGGAGCAAACACUUCUGGCCCGAGGUAUCCAAGAAAACCUAUGACAUGGAGCACACUUUCUACAGCAAUGGGGAGAAGAAGAAGAUUUACAUGGAAAUUGAUCCCAUGACCAGAACGGAAAUAUUCAGAAGCGGAAAUGGCACUGAUGAAACAUUGGAAGUUCAUGACUUUAAAAAUGGAUACACUGGCAUCUACUUCGUAGGUCUUCAAAAGUGCUUUAUUAAAACUCAAAUCAAAGUGAUUCCUGAAUUUUCGGAACCAGAAGAGGAAAUAGAUGAGAAUGAAGAAAUCACUACAACUUUCUUUGAACAGUCAGUGAUUUGGGUUCCUGCAGAAAAGCCUAUUGAAAACCGAGACUUUCUGAAAAAUUCUAAAAUUCUGGAGAUUUGCGAUAAUGUGACCAUGUACUGGAUCAAUCCCACUCUAAUAUCAGUUUCAGAGUUACAAGACUUUGAGGAGGAUGGUGAAGAUCUUCAUUUUCCUACCAAUGAAAAGAAGGGGAUUGAACAGAAUGAGCAAUGGGUGGUUCCGCAAGUAAAGGUGGAGAAGAGCCGUCACACCAGACAAGCAAGUGAGGAAGACCUUCCAGUCAAUGACUAUACUGAAAAUGGAAUCGAAUUUGACCCCAUGCUGGAUGAGAGAGGUUAUUGUUGUAUUUACUGUCGUAGAGGCAACCGCUACUGCCGCCGUGUCUGUGAACCUUUACUAGGUUAUUACCCAUAUCCAUACUGCUACCAAGGAGGAAGAGUCAUCUGUCGUGUCAUCAUGCCUUGCAACUGGUGGGUGGCCCGCAUGCUUGGGAGAGUCUAAUAGGAAGUUUGAGUUCAAAUGCCUAACCUUCUGUUAGCCAACAUAUAAUAAAUGCAUGCUAUUCAAUGACUUUCUAUGAGGCAUUUGCCUCCUAGUAGCCUAUCCUCCAGAAUUACUUUUAGGUUAUUCCUCUCUUCAUGUUCUAAUAAACUUCUACAUCAUCA